AUGUUGCGAAUCCUUGUAGUUACUGGCGUCGUAAUGUGGGCCUUUGAAAUGUUGGAGGACAUUGAUGUUCGUAAGUUUGAAGGUUUGAAAGAAGUGCCUAAGGAUUUGAACACCAAGUUAAGUGAUGUAAAGGGGGUCGAUGAGGCCAAAGCUGAGCUUGAGAACAUAGUUCACUACCUACGAAAUCCCAGCAGAUUCAACCGCCUUGGUGGCAAGCUUCCAAAGGGCAUUCUGCUUGUGGGCCCACCUGGCACAGGGAAGACCAUGUUGGCAAGGGCUGUGGCUGGGGAAGCCGGCGUCCCUUUCUUCGUGUGCAGUGGCAGUGCUUUCGAGGAGUCUUAUGUUGGUGUUGGUGCUAAGAGGGCGAGGGAGCUCUUCCGUGCAGCAAAGAAGCGAGCUCCUUGCAUAAUAUUCAUCGAUGAACUUGAUGCCGUUGGUGGGCGCAGAAACGCAGAAGAACCAUCGUGGGCAAAGCAGACUCUGAACCAGCUGCUUGUUGAGAUGGAUGGCUUCAAGCAGAAUGAAGGGAUCAUUGUGGUCGCAGCAACCAACUUCGCUGAGUCGCUAGAUGACGCCCUUGUCAGGCCUGGGCGUUUUGACCGUCAAGUUCGUGUUCACCUUCCAGAUGUUGUGGGCCGAAAGCAGAUCCUCGAGGCUCACAUGUCAAAGGUGCAGAAAGGCAUUGGUGUGAAUGCGCUGACCAUCGCGAGGGGGACGCCUGGGUUCUCGGGUGCAGACCUUGCAAAUCUAGUGAAUGAAGCCGCUCUCAAGGCUUCCAGGGAUGGGGCAUAUGCUGUUAGGAUGGAUGACCUUGAGUACGCCAAGGACAAGAUCAUCAUGGGCACUGAGCGCAAGUCGGCGGCGAUAUCUGAUCAUUCCAAGAAGAUGACCGCGUACCAUGAGGGUGGGCACGCCCUCGUUGCUAUCCUCACGGACGGUGCUGACCCUGUGUACAAGGCAUCCAUUUUGCCCAGGGGAAAUGCUCUCGGCUUGGUGACGCAGAUUCCAGGGGAAGACAGCGAGCUCGAAGCAUCGAGGAAGCAAAUGCUGGCAAGGCUGGAUGUCCUCAUGGGUGGGCGGGUGGCCGAGGAGCUUAUAUAUGGAGAAGCCGGGAUCACGACUGGUGCCUCAUCUGACCUAAACCAGGCGACCCAAUUGGCGAAAGACAUGGUCACCAAGUAUGGCAUGAGCAAGCGGGUCGGCCUCGUGACCUACAGCGACGACAACGCCGUUAGCGGCGGUGGCAAGACGAUGACCAUGAGCGGGCCGACGACGGCCCUGGUUGAUGAGGAGGUGAAGGCAUUGUUGGACAACGCUUAG